GUUUUUUUUAAGUGAAACUAGGAAGCACCAGAGAGCUGCGGGACAGCAGCUCAUGAACCAGAGAUCUUAUACAGUUUACUAGCGCAUUGAAAGUGGACACAAGACCAAGGGAAACAAGAUGGCUUCUGUUCCAGAGCAGUUUCUGGAAGCAGCGGAUCAGUUGGAUGAAAAGAAACCAAAGAGACAGAAAAGUGCAGUUACGACUGAAGUGAUAGAUGGGUCAAUGCAGACGAUCAACCCUUCUCAAACUUCAGUCAGUGUUGAACUGAGUGCUAAUGCAGGUGCCACUGUAAAUGCUCCUGUACUCACUAGAAACGUCAUCCAAGGCUCAGUCAUCUUCAACUUCAACUCAGCCCCUGGUGCUGUCGGACCCCAAACUCCUCUGACAGGACAGAUGUCUCAGACACAAGAGGAUGACAUCUUGCAGAAAAUCCUGGAAGAUCACAAAGAAGACAUAAAGGCUAAAACAGGACGCGUGUUUGAAGGCAAAAAGGAGAACAAAACACACCUCAGCAAAGUGUACACUGAACUUUUCAUCACUGAAGGGGACAUUACAGACGUCUAUGAUGAACAUGAGGUUCUGAAGUUUGACCGAGCCUUGAAAACUCCCAAAUUUGAGGACACCCCGAUUGACUGCAAUGACAUAUUCUGUUUACUGAAGCAAAAACAAGAGGGACACAUUGUGCUGACCAAAGGCAUCGCUGGCAUCGGAAAGACGUUCUCUGUGAACAAGUUCAUCCUGGACUGGGCCGAAGGAAAAGCCAAUCGAAAUGUGGACUGUGUGUUUCUUCUUCCAUUUAGAGAGAUGAACCUAAUCAAAGAUGAUAUAGAGAUCAGUCUGCAUGAGCUUCUUUUGGAAUUUUAUCCUGAUUUGAGUGGCCUGGAAAAGACUACAUUUUAUAAAAAGGGCAAACUGGUAUUUAUCUUUGACGGCCUUGACGAGAGUCGCCUGGAAUUGGAUUUUUAUGGAAAAAUAGUAAAAUGUGUCAAUGCGCGGUCAUCUGUUGAUGUUUUAUUUACAAACCUAGUUAGAGGGAAACUGCUUCCAUCGGCUCUCGUCUGGGUGACGUCACGACCGGCAGCGGCCAAUCUGAUCCCUCCUGAGUAUGUGGGAUUGUUCACAGAGGUUCGCGGAUUCACUGACCAGCAGAAAGAGGAGUAUUUUAGAAAACGGAUUAUAGAUGAAGCUCAAGCCUCCACAAUAAUCACACACAUCAGGACGUCUCGUAGUCUCUACAUCAUGUGCCACAUACCAGUCUUCUGCUGGAUUACAGCCACAGUUCUUCAGGAUAUUCUUGUCAAAAAUGAUGGACAGGACAUUCCUUCGACCCUUACUGAAAUGUACAUCCACUUCCUUCUAAUACAGAUGAACAUGAAGAACCAGAAGUAUGAGAAGAAACAGGAAAGAGAUCGCAUAAAGCUUUUGAGUUCGAACAAACACAUGAUCUUCAAGUUGGCCAAACUGGCAUUCGAACAACUGAAGGAAGAUAAUGUCAUGUUCUAUGAGAAGGAUCUGAAAGCAUGUGGCAUUGAUGCAAGUGAGGAGUUCACAGGAUUGUGCACUGAAAUCUUCAAAAAAGAUUCUGUUCUGCACGAGAUGAAGGUUUAUUACUUCAUCCAUUUGAGUGUGCAAGAGUUUCUGGCUGCAUUACAUAUGUUCCUCUGCUAUUUGAAGCAGGACAUGAAUGAGUUGGUGUUUUUCCUAGAGAAUUCACGUCCUAAUAAGAAAGAACUGCUGUAUGUUCUGCUGAGGAAGGCGAUUGAUAAAGCGAAGGAAAAUGAUCGAGGGCAUUUCGAUCUCUUUUUGCGGUUCUUGCUGGGCAUUUCCCUUGAGUCCAAUCAGAAACUCCUCAUUGGCUUGCUGGACGAAACGUUGGACAGUAAAAGCUGCAUCCAGAAAACCAUCCAAUACAUAAAGCAACUGCAAAACAAUGACAAGUGCCCAAAUAAAUCCAUCAACCACUUCUUCUGCAUCCUGGAACUUCAGGACAGAACCCUGUACCAACAAAUCAUGAAAUAUCUGAGGUCAGAGAGUGGCCAGCCAAAUGCGGUGUCCAACUCUAACUGCUCAGCACUGGUCUAUGUGCUCCUGAUGUCAGGUGAGGUGCUGGAUGACUUUAACCCGAAGAUGUUUAACACAACAUAUGCGGGAUGCAGAAGACUCGUCCCAGCUGUAAGAUGUUGCAGGAAAGCCCUGUUUUCAGACUGUGGACUGACACAGCAGUGCUGUGAAACAGUGGCUGUGGCUCUUCAGCUAGAGGACUGUCCUAUGACUGAACUGGACCUGAGUCACAAUUACGGCAUUGAGGCAGGGGUGAAGAUGCUUUGUGCUGGACUAAGAAGCCCACGCUGUCAUCUGGAAGCACUGAGGUUUGCCCAGUGUCAUUUUGGCCAGGAGAGCUGUAUGGAGCUGGUCUCAGCUCUGAAGAUUAUCUCACAUCGUCUAAGAGAGCUUGACCUCAGUGGCAAUGACCUGCAGGACUCUGGACUCCUUAAACUCCUGAAUGAGAUGGAAAAUACAGAGAGAAAACUUCAGGUUCUGAGGCUUAGCUGGUGUAAUCUUACUAUGAAGAGUUGUGAGGACCUUUCCUUGAUCCUCAGCUCUCUAUUGCCCCUGAGAGAGCUGGAUCUGAGUAACAAUGACCUUCAGGAUUCAGGAGUGAAACUGCUCUCUGAUGGACUGAAGAGUCUAAACUGUCAGCUGCAGACACUAAGGUUGUCAGGCUGUAUGGUGACGGAGGAAGGCUGUGGUUAUUUGUCUUCAGCUCUGAGUUCAAACCCCUCACACCUGAGAGAGCUGGAUCUGAGCUACAAUCACCCAGGAGAUUCAGGAGUGCAGCUGCUCAAACACAAACUGGAGGAUCCCAACUUUCAACUGCAGAUACUCAAAACUGAGCCUAUGGGUAAACGCUUCAUCCAAGCAGGGAUAAGGAAGUAUGCAUGCGAUCUCACUCUGGAUCCAGAUACAGCUCAUGUUCAGUUAGUUCUCUCCGAUGGAGACCGAACGGCAGCAUGUGAAACACAGAAGCAGCCAUAUCCAGAUCAUCCAGAGAGAUUUGAAUCUGUCCAACAAGUGCUGUCUAGAGAGAGCCUGAGUGGCCGCUGCUAUUGGGAAGCUGAAUGGACAGAUCAGGAAGGAACGGUCGGGGUGACGUACAAAGACAUCAUGAGGAAAAGUGAUGAUCUUUGUAUAGUAGAGGCAGCUGGUCAGCUUGGAAACAAUAUUAUGUCAUGGAAAAUUACCGGUGCAAAUUUUCCAUAUGUUUCUCACGCUGAAGAAGACAUAAAUAUAAAGGCUCCUUCGUCUUAUUCAUUCAAAAGAGUGGGUGUGUAUGUGGACACAGCAGCUGGUGUUUUGUCCUUCUUUAGCGUCUCUGACACACUCACACACUUAUACACCUUCCUCGCGGCUUUUAAAGAUCCUCUCUAUGCAGCAUUCAAGGUGGACAGUGGCUCUGUGUCCUUUUGUCAAAUGUAACCUGAAAUCGUCAUUAUUUUAUUUUUUUCUUGUUUAGCACUGUGUGACCAUGUGCAUCUAAUCAUAUUUGAUAUUUGAAGAUUUUAUGAAGGUAAAAGCAAAGGUUUCACACGUUUUACUGCAAAAAAACAACCAAACCACUUGUUCAAAAAUUAUUGGUGCACUGCUCUUGGAUUUGCCUGCAAAAGCUUUUUUUUUCAUUUAAAUGCGUCUCAUUUGUUCACUUGUUAACCUAGAUCAAUGUUUCCCAACUACUUUUGUGAAAAUAUUCCAAAAGCUCCUAUCUAUAUUAAAUUUUUUAUUAUUGUACAUAGGUUUUAUUAUGCGGGUUUUACAAAUAAGUUUGUGAUUAAACCUCAUAACACAAAUGGAUCAUUAAAUUGUCAAACCUCAGACGCCACAAUGCCUCCAUUCAGAAAGAAUUGCUGCAGCAUGCAGUUUGAAGACAAACAUCUACUUCGUAAUGGAACGGUAAAUAAAGGAUUUUAUUAAUUGAAACGUUCUUUAAUGGUGUUCUUUGUAUUGUUUUCUUGUUUUACUGUUUCUCAGUACUCAAUUAAUGAUUGCAAACUUAGUUUAGUGUUUGUAGAAGACAUAUCUGUGCCUGAUUUUACAUAAAUAGAUCACAACAAUCCCGUGCUAUGGGCAUUGAUACAGGCUGCUGCAGAAGGUUAUUAUAAUUCUUUUUUAACCUAAAUAUUUCAAACAUCUGUUCUUCAAAUGCAGAAAUCUGAAAAAGGCCUAUUACGGUAAU